CUAAAACAAAAUUACACCCCAAUGCAUAUAUAUAACUUAAAGAAGUUGGAAUACAAACUCUUUGUUGCAUAUUAUAGAAAGCCUAUAAGAAAUGGAUAUUAUCAACAAAUCAAAUUUUUCAAGUCGUUCGCUGACUACGGUUCCGAAAUAUAGCGCUGGAUUUCUUAACACAACUCCCUUCGGUAAUACGACAGUUCUAGAUAUAACAACGCCAACAAAGUUAGUACUAUACGUUACGUAUGGCGCAAUUCUAAUUUUAGGAAUAGCAGGUAACCUUGGUAUAUUAUAUACAUUAGCUAAACGCAAACAACCCUUAAAAAAAUAUGACAUUUAUGUUAUAUCGUUGUUAGUAGCUGAUUUGUUAUCAGCUAUAUUUUUACCAAUGGUAUCCGUGCAAGACUAUCUUACAGAUGGCAAAGAAUGGUACCUUUUGGGUCGGUUUGGUUGCAAAGUUUUUGUUCCAAUGAAUCAUUUAACAAUGAUGGUUUCAACUUUCAUGAUGGUUAUAAUUGCAGUAUCAAGAUUAAGAGUUUUAAGUCGAACCACAACUGUAUCACAUUAUCGAAUAAGCGCUGUGUGGAAAAUAAUUGUUGUCUGGUCAAUCGCUACUGCAUCAGUGGCACCAUAUUGCAACGCACUUAACAUUGACCGAAACGAUAACUCCUGUUACGACAAAUGGUCAUCCAAAGAAAUAAAAUUCGCAUAUUAUGCAUCGCAUCAGAUCAUUGCAUCAUUUCUGCCCGGAAUUACUUUAGCGAUCGUUUAUGGAAUUUCGAUAUACAAGUUAAAAAGAAUGAAAAUUCCAGGGGAAAACAAACGUUCGUUUUUGCGAAGAAAACAAAUGAAUAAAUCGAUGAUGCUUAUGUUUGGAAGCAUAGCAGUGAUCUUCUUUAUUCUCACACUACCCUAUACAAUAGCUUUUUCAAUAGUAGCAAUCCAACAAAUUUAUAACAACCCAGUAUAUACUUCAAACAAAGCGGUCUACCAACGUAUCAUUGAAGGUUUAUACGCUUUAAGUGCUUGCAGUGCCGCUGUUAACCCAUUCGUAUAUGCAUAUAUGCAUAAAGAUAUAAAAAGAAAAAUGACCAGAAAAGCUUCACAGUUCUCCUCGCUGAUGAGAAGUUCAAUACAUAAAGGACCAAGAAUAAUUACCACACAGACAGAAAACUAAUUAAAAGAUAUGAUGACGGAAAUUGUAUAUGGAUAACAUAUCUUUAACCCUGAGAAUUUGAUUUAAUUUUCAAAAACUGGUUUUUGGUUAUUUACUCACUGAUUAAAAUUGAGUUUAAUCUGCGAAUAAAUUUUUAAAUCGGUUCAUAAAGAAAAUUUAAAAUUCAUUUAAAAUUUCCAAUUUUUGUCAUAGUUUACUGGUUCGACAUUUUUUUAUUUUUGCCGACGCAGUCAUCAUAAUUUCAAAUGAACGCUAUCGAAAUAUAUACAAAGCAAACAAACAGCGGAAUUUUUCGCAGGCAAAUGAAUGUUUAAAAUAAUGUCGCUGAUGAUUAUAAUCUUUUUAACAACAGCAACAAAAAAAUCAACAUUUUUUGUAU